UACAUAACGCUGCGACAUACUCUUGCUACCUAUAAGGUGGUAAUCCAUGAACAUCUCAUGAACUAUUUUAUAGAAUAGAGCACGCAGUGCACGAAUAGAUGCUGCCGUCCUAAUCGCCGCAGGCAGGCCAUCACCGUUAUGGGGACGGCGGCCGCUCCGCCGAAGCGCUACGUCUGGGACGAAUUCGACGACGGCGAGGAGGCAAACCACCAGCCACCGGCGCGGCGGAGGAGCCGCGCCUCGGCGAAGUACGCCUGGGACGACGAGGAAGCGCCCGCCCUCGCCGACGGCGACGCGUCGUUCGAGGCGGCGCGCGCGCAGAUCCGGCGGCUCCAGGCGCAGCUGGCCGAGGCGAAAGACGUCGUCCGGAAGCGCCGCGUCGAGCUGCGCCAGACGCGCGAGGACGCAAAGGCCGGGCUGGCGCGCUGCAGGGAGGAGUGGCGCCGGAAGCAGGCGGCGGCGGACGCCGACUUCAAAAGAAAAGCGGCGGAGCAGGCAGCCCUCAAGGCGAGGCUAGAAGACGACGUCGCGGAGCUCGAGCGGCGCGUCGAGCAGCUCCGGGCGCACGCGGCAAAGGCUGACGCCGUCAAGUCCGCGAAAGUCGCGGCGGCAGAACGCGAGGCUGAAAAGAAGCUCGAGGCCGCGAAGCGCGAGUGGAAGAGACGCGAGGAGGAGGAAUUCGCAGCGCUCGUCGAGAAGCGAAAGCCUGCGAUCAAGGCCAAGGUCGUGAAGGCCUUGGAGCCCGAGGUGCGCCGACUAAUCUCGAGGAACAAGAAAGAGCUGGCAGAGCAGAAGGCCGAGGACGAUCGGUGGCUCGACGAGGAACGACGGAGGCUCGAAACGGAGUGCGCAGUCAAGCUCGAAGAGGAGAAGCGGCGCCUCGAGGCGGAGUCGACGGCCCGCCUCGACGCGCUGCGCGCGGCUAACGACGCCAAGCUGAACGAACGGCGUGCAGAGCUCCACGAGGAGGCAGCGAAUAUCGAGAGAGAAGGGCGGCGCGCGCAAGCCGAGGAGAAGCGGAAGCACGAGGAAGCGCGAAAAGUGGCCGAGGCGGAGCACGCCGCAGCGAUUGCGCGCGUCGAGGCAGACUUCGCGCGACGCGAGGCGGAGCUCGACAGGGCGCACGAACAACGGCUGCGCAACGACCGCGCAGCGAUCGAGGCGCUGGAGCGUGACCGCCAGGCCGCGCACGAGGCGGCGCGCGACGCUGCGUGCGCGGAGAUACGGCGGCGCUCGGACGCGAACCGGAGGGCCGAGGUCGAGGCGCGGCUCGCGCCCGUUCGGGCACGCUUCGACCGCGAGGUCCGCGCUGUCGCCCGGCGCCUCAAAGCCGAGGCGGCGGCAGAGAAGGACGCCGUCCUGAAAAGAGUGGACGCAAAGAACGCUGCGGCGACCGCGGCUCGCGCAGCGGAGACGCUGGAACUCCUCGGCGAGGUCGCAGCGGCCAAGGACGCGCACGAUGCCUGCGCCGCCGCGCGUGCCGCGCUGCGCGACAAAAGGGCGCGCGUUGAGGCGAACACGGCGGCGCUCGCGGCCGCGACCGCGCUCGCGGAGGCCGAGAUCAAAGGUCACGACGCCCUGAUCACGCGGCAGGCGGCGCAGGCGGCGACGGAUGCGGCGGAGAUGGAAGCGGCGUUCGAGGCGGCGGCCGCCGAAAAGCGGAGGAAGAUCGCGGCCAGCCACGAGGCGUUCGCGGCGGCGCAGGCGGCGCGGGCGGCACUGGUAGCGACGCACGAGGCUGAGAAGGCGGCGCUGCUGGCGGCACAGGCCGACGAGCUCAAGAAUAUAGAGGCCAAGGUCGCGGCGAAGCUCCAAGCGCAGGCGGCCGCCGAGGAGGAGAAGGUCGCCGAGCUAGCGGGGUGGCGAGCGAAGAACGCCCAGCUCGAGCGAGCCCUGGCCGAGGCGCGCGCGCGCGACGUGCUCCGGCGGUCGGACGACGCCGUGGCGAUAGGCGCCCACGUGGACUAAAGUAGCCCCGAUAAUUGUGGGACACUCCUCCGAGUCCAUUGCUCCUGGCAUUGCUCCUGGAGUAGU